ACAAGCUUAAUCAACCGAGAGGCAUAUCAAUAAGGAUUAAACCUGUUUGGAAAAUCUUGUUACAAUCUACUCUGUAUUGAAACUCGUCUCUGUGUAGUUUCCUCGUAUCAAAGGUUAUAGCUAUACCACCAUCUCUCUGGUAUCAGGUUUCUGAGCAGAAGCAACAUAAAGAGCAUAGUGGUGUUGCAGUUUAGAUGGCAGUAUCAGCUGAUUACCAAGUUAAGUUUCCUGAAAGUGGUGAUCUUUACUCUAUACUAGCUGCUGAAGGGAUUGAGUUUCUUUUGUCUCAUAGUGGAGAGGUGCCGUUGGAAUAUAUUCAUGGGAAGACGAUUUGUCUCUUCUUCUCUGCAAACUGGUGCAGGCCUUGCAAGGACUUCACUCCAGAGCUGGUAAAACUCUACGAAAAUCUUCAAACCCGAGGAGAAGAACUCGAGAUCAUCUUUGUCUCAUUUGAUCAUGAUAUGACUUUAUUCUAUGAACAUUUCUGGUGCAUGCCAUGGCUCACAGUCCCCUUCAAUUUAAGCCUACUCAACAAAUUAAGGGACAAGUACAGAAUUUCUCGUAUCCCGUCACUGGUUCCUCUAUAUUCAGAUGAAAUCUCAGUCGCUGAAGAUGUAAUUGGUCUAAUUGAAGACUAUGGUCCUGAAGCAUUUCCUUUCACUAAAAAGAGAAAAGAAGAACUCAAAGCCAUCGAUGACUCCAAACGCAUUGGCGGACAAUUGGAGAAACUCCUUACUCAUGAGUCCCGAAAUUAUGUUGUUGCCAGAAAUGGAAGUAAGGUGCUAGUUUCUAAACUAGUGGGCAAGACUAUAGGGUUGUACUUUGGUGCCCACUGGUGUCCGCCUUUUCGAUCUUUCACUUCUCAGCUCCUGGAUGUGUACAAUGAGCUCGCGACCAGAGAUAAAGGCUCCUUUGAAGUCAUCUUAGUUUCAACAGACAGAGACUCAAGAGAGUUUAACAUCAACAUGACCAACAUGCCAUGGCUUGCAAUACCUUAUGAGGACCGAACAAGACAAGACCUUUGUAGAAUCUUCAGCAUCAAACUCAUACCUGCAUUGGUCAUCAUAGGACCGGAAGAGAAAACAGUGACCACAAACGCAAGAGAGAUGGUAUCGUUGUAUGGAUCAAGGAGUUUCCCAUUCACAGAGUCAAGGAUUGUUGAGUUAAAAGCUUGUCUGAAGAAAGAAGGUGAUUCACUUCCAAGGAAAGUGAAGGAUAAGAAGCAUGAACAUGAGCUAAAGCUGGAUAUGGCGAAAGCUUAUGUGUGUGAUUUCUGUAAGAAGCAAGGCAGGUUUUGGGCGUUUUCUUGCGAUGCUUGCGAUUAUGAUCUUCAUCCUACAUGUGUGGAAGAACAAGAAGCAUUGAGGGACAGAGACGGAGGAUUUGGCGUGGAUGGAUUGGUUGCUGUGGCCAUAGACAGAGACAAAAACAGCCAAACUGCUCUGAAAUGGGCUGUUGAUAAUUUGUUGCAGAAAGGCCAAACCGUCGUCCUCGUACAUGUCAAGCCUCGGUCUUCAUCUUUGUCCACAAACCCUUCAAUCAACUCAAACUCUUCUAAGAUGAGCCAAAUAAAUGGUGAGUCUUCAUUGGUGUGUGGAGACCCAGAAGGCUCUUAUAAACAGUUGUUCCUUCCUUUUCGUUGUCUCUGUUCACGCAAAGAUAUACAAUGCAAAGAUGUGUUAUUGGAGGAGUCAGAUGUGGCGAAAGCUUUAGUCGAAUACGCAAAUCAGGUCGUGAUUGAGGUAUUGGUGGUUGGUUCCUCUUCAAAAGGUGGCUUUCUCAGGUUCAACAAACCUACAGAUAUUCCAGGAACCAUCACCAAGACCGCACCUGAUUUCUGCACGGUUUAUGUCAUAACCAAAGGAAAGCUUUCAACAAAGAAAACAGCUUCUCGUGCUGCGCCGUCUGUUUCUCCAUUACGCAUCCAGCUUCAACAGAAUAGCUUAAAGCCACAUCCACCUUUGCCUUCUGCAACUACUAACACAAGAGCUGAGAGACAGUCAUUUGAGUCUCAGCAUCGCAGGUCCCUUGACGAUCAGUCAGAUUCCUUCAGGUCACCCUACACUAGAAGAGGCUUGAAUGGGAGAUCAUAUGGAGAACUAUCAAUCCCGGAUUCUGACAUAUCCUUCAACAGCUCUGGAAGACCAAGCAUUGAGCGCAACUCUCCUUCCUUGUACGACAAUUCGGAUCCAAACCGGACUCCUCCAAGGCUAUCAAAUUUCUCAGACAUUGACUAUGGUAGCUUCGAGUCAAUGACCUUCGGAAGGAGGUCAAUGGAUAUAAGCUCACCAACUGCUUUCUCAACUGGCUCAUUUGAGAAUGAAAGGUUUUCAUCGGCUUCUCAAGGAGGGGAUGAUGUAGAGGCUGAGAUGAGGAGGCUUAAACUGGAGCUGAAACAAACGAUGGAAAUGUACAGUACUGCUUGCAAGGAAGCUCUCACAGCAAAACAUAAGGCAACAGAGCUUCAACGCUGGAAGUUAGCAGAAGAAAGGAAGUUCGAAGAGGCAAAGCUUGCAGAGGAAGCUGCAUUAGCCAUUGCGGAGAAGGAGAAAGCAAAGUCCAAAGCAGCAAUGGAAGCAGCUGAAGCAGCUCAAAGGAUUGCUGAUAUCGAGUCCCGAAAGAGAGUCGAUGCAGAAAUGAAAGCUCUGAAGGAAUCAGAGGCGAGAACAAAAGCCGUGAAUGCUUUAGCAAACUCAGAUGUCAGAUACAGGAAGUACUCCAUCGAGGAGAUUGAGGAUGCAACAGAGUUCUUUGAUGAGAAAUACAAGAUAGGAGAAGGCGGUUAUGGACCUGUCUACAAGUGUUAUCUGGAUCACACACCUGUGGCUGUGAAAGCUUUGCGCCCAGAUGCAGCUCAAGGCAGGUCACAGUUUCAGCAAGAGGUUGAAGUGUUAAGCAGUAUAAGGCACCCUAACAUGGUUCUUCUGCUUGGAGCAUGCCCAGAAUGUGGAUGCUUAGUAUAUGAGUUCAUGGCUAAUGGGAGCCUAGAAGACCGUCUUUUCAGAGAAGGAGACAGCCCGCCCCUCUCUUGGCAAACAAGAUUCAGAAUUGCUGCAGAGAUCGGCACUGUACUGUUGUUCCUCCACCAGACUAAACCAGAGCCACUGGUUCACCGUGAUCUCAAACCAGCAAAUAUCUUACUAGACCGCAACUUUGUCAGCAAGGUUGCUGAUGUUGGCUUGGCUAGGCUGGUCCCUCCAUCCGUUGCAAACACCGUGACGCAAUACCGCAUGACAUCAACUGCUGGCACAUUUUGCUACAUUGACCCAGAGUAUCAACAGACGGGGAUGCUGGGUGUGAAAUCUGACAUUUAUUCGCUUGGUAUUAUGUUUCUGCAGUUAAUAACAGGAAAACCACCUAUGGGUCUAACCCAUUAUGUGGAAAGAGCCCUCGAGAAGGGUAAUUUGAAAGAUUUGCUCGAUCCUGCUGUGUCUGAUUGGCCUGUUGAAGACACCACAGAGUUUGCCAAGUUGGCUCUCAAGUGCGCAGAGAUAAGGCGAAAAGACAGACCGGAUCUUUCCAAAGUUAUAUUGCCAGAGCUCAACAGAUUAAGAGUACUUGCUGAAGAAUCAACAAAGACUGCAGUAGUCAUUAAUAGCCCCGGACCAACCCCCACUGAGAGUCAAAGUUCCUCCCCCAAGUUGUGAGAAAUGAUAAACAAUUGAUCUGCACAUAAAAAGAGACAGAGGAUUCAAAUGCAACUAGUAAUCCAUGUUCCACCUAAGUUACACUUAUCCUUAAAAGGUAUACACGCUCAUGAAAAAGGCAACUGAAUUUGUAUGCUCACUAUAUAAUACAGUAGAGUCUUUCACUUGUAGAUAAUGUACAGAUGAUUAAAGUUAACUUACCAUC